CUCCCACUCUUGUUCUCGGGACACCAAACCAUUUACUGUUUGCCUCUUCCUAGGAAAAGAGAAAGGGCUCGCCCCUUCACCCUCUCAGCUUCAUCUCAAGCCUGCAAAUUACAUUGGUCAUCGUCAUUCCCGUUAAUGCAAAUCUAAUGGUUUUGGAUUUCUUUCUUUGGAGGGCAAGGAAAGAAAUAUCAGGGAUUUUCUGUCCGCGCUCUCAUUAAAACAUGAAGACCUUAUUGGGAUCACAUGCGUAGAUUAAGGAUACAAAUCUUUAUGGGUUCCAGAAUCAUAACUGUACUCGAUUGAAGAAGACAUGCUAAUGGAAUAGACCGAGUUAGAUGCUAAAGGACUAAAGAGGAUUCUCAUCAAGAAUUGUUGGAUCACGAGAUUGAUGCAACUCCUUAAACCCAGAUGUUUUAGCUAUCUUGGGCAUAAAAAUUACGAUUGAAUACGAUGCCAUAUUCAUGAUGGAUUCAUCUUCGAUUUCCCCUCAGUUAAUGCCCCUCUCGCUCUCAGCGUGCAAGUCAUGCUAUUGCAGAAACCCUUUUCCACCACGUGGCGACGUCUCCUGUCUCUUCUUCCACCGAGCACUCUGGGAUUCCCAAAAAGCGGAAGAGCUUCGCGGGAGGAUAUUUAAUGCCAAACAUCUUCGUAGUGAGCCUGCGCUUUUACGUGCUGCUGCCUAGUGUCUAUAAGUAGCUCCCACUCUUUCCCAGUCGUUGGUCCCUGUCCGUACGUUUCACGGUGAGUGACUGAGUGGUUUUCAGGAGAGCUUGGCUUCUUGUUCUUCUUGUUCUUCACUUUUCGGAGGCCGAAAGAACGCAAGAAAUGAGCUAUUUGGGCGUUGGGGUGAGUCCUGGGAAUGUCCCGGUGUACCACGAGACGAGCCUAAAGGUGGUCGAUCGGAGGGUGAGGCUUGCUGAGCUGGUUCUCAGGUUUGUGAUCUGUGGCCUAGGCGUGCUCGCAGCUGUUCUCGUCGGCACCGAUACUCAGGUCAGGGAGAUCUUUACCAUCCAGAAAAAGGCCAAGUUCACUGACAUGAAGGCUCUUGUUUUCUUGGUGAUAGCAAAUGGGAUUGCCGCUUCGUACUCGCUGAUCCAAGCCCUGAGGUGUGUGGUGAGCAUGGUCAGAGGGAGCGUGCUCUUCAGCAAGCCCUUAGCUUGGGUCAUCUUCUCUGGUGACCAGGUGAUGGCUUAUGUGACCUUGGCUGCAGUGGCGGCCGCUGCUCAGUCGGCGGUGAUCGCCAAGCUGGGACAGCCGGAGCUCCAGUGGAUGAAGGUUUGCGGGAUGUACGAGAAGUUCUGCAACCAGGUCGGGGAGGGCAUCGUGAGCGCGCUGCUCGUGAGCAUCGGCAUGGUGGCGCUGUCCGUGAUCUCGGCUUUCGGCCUGUUCCGCUUGUACAAUGGAAGCAACAAGGGGAAGAGCAAUUCAGGGUGGUGAAAUUGUUGUUGUUGUUCUUCGUCUUUUCCUAGUGAUGCCUCACGUCCUCAGUCGGUCCAUUUGAUGAUAUGUAACUUGGCGGGCGAUGUUGAUGAUGGCGAUGAUAAUUCUAGACUGUCUUUCUGUGUCGUGUAUGUGACAGGGCAUAAGCUAUGCAGGGUCUUUAGUUUGAUGUGGAGAGAUGACAAGCAUUGCUAUUUGCUCGUCUUUGAGAUUUAUCGGUCAAGUUAGAUCAAUAAGAUAGAUAGUCGAGAA